AAGCGGCAGCGAACGGGUCUCUCAGCCGCUGUGUCAGGAACCGCAUCCACUCCGUCCCCUAGUCGCACAGGCCUCAGCCGCCGCCUGGCCCCUCCCUGCCCCACGCCGGAACCUGAGCUCGUCAGCCGGCCUUCUCGCCCUUCAGCCCGCCGCCUUUCUCACUGGGGAGCGGGGCCGUACCCGCGUCGGGUACUGUUGUCGGAGACCCGACUGAGAGAGAGAGAGAGAGAGAGGGAGGGAACAGGUCGGGAGGAGCAGACGCACACCCGGAGCGGGGGCAGCAGCAGCAGCCGCCGCCGCCGGGAGAAGCCGCCGCUGCGGGGAGGAGGAGGAGGAGGAGCAGGAGGAGGUGACGCAGGAGAAACGCACCUCCCGGUGCCCGCCCGUCCGUCCGUCCGUCCGCCCGCCUGAGCCCGGUUAGAGCCCCGGCGCCUAGAGGAGCCGCCGCUAGCGGACCCGGAGGCGGCGGCAGCGGCUGCUGGGCCGGCGCGGAGAGUCGUGCACCCCCGGGGGCCCCUCGGUGCGGGUGCCUCGGUGUGUCUGUCCCUCCCGCCCUCCCCCUUCUUCCCUCCCCCCCGCGCUCACACCCCCGGGCCGCGUCUCCUCUACGGAGCCCCGGCUCCCAGCUGCCUUCUCCGCAGUCCGCUGCCUCUGGCCCUUGCCUUCCCCCAGUUCGGGGGGUCGGCGAUGCCCCUCUGCUUGGCCUGCGCCCGGGGCUGAGCUCUCCUUCCUUCCUUCCUUCCCUCCCUCCCUCCCUCCCUCGCAGCCGCUUUCCAGCCCUAGGCCGCCGCCGCCUCCUCGUUGUGUUCUCGGUGUAGGGAGAAGGCGCCUGUGUUGUGCGGUUAUGCAAUGGUCUCUGCAAGAUGGUUUGUCCUUAAUUUGGAGCUUUUUAAGACUGACAUAUGCUGGUACUUCAUCUUCUAUAAGUGGACUAUAAUUUCUUCUCUCACAACAACUACAUAAGCAGACAAAAUUGCAAAGAUCUGCCCUGUGUCGAGUAUGACAGCCACGACUCGUGGCUCUCCAGUAGGAGGGAAUGACAGCCAGGGCCAGGCUCCUGAUGGACAGUCCCAGCCCCCCCUCCAACAGAAUCAGACUUCAUCGCCUGAUUCUUCUAAUGAGAACUCCCCAGCAACACCCCCUGAUGAACAGGGCCAAGGUGAUGCCCCACCCCAGCUUGAAGAUGAGGAACCUGCAUUUCCCCACACUGACCUGGCAAAGUUGGACGACAUGAUCAACAGACCCCGAUGGGUGGUUCCAGUUUUGCCAAAGGGGGAAUUAGAAGUUCUUUUAGAAGCUGCUAUUGAUCUUAGUAAAAAAGGUCUUGAUGUUAAAAGUGAAGCAUGUCAACGUUUUUUUCGAGAUGGGCUAACAAUAUCUUUCACUAAAAUCCUUACGGAUGAGGCAGUGAGUGGCUGGAAGUUUGAAAUUCAUAGGUGUAUUAUUAACAACACUCAUCGCCUAGUGGAGCUUUGUGUGGCCAAGCUUUCUCAAGACUGGUUUCCACUUCUAGAACUUCUUGCUAUGGCCUUAAAUCCUCAUUGCAAAUUCCAUAUAUAUAAUGGUACACGCCCAUCUGAAACAAUUCCUGCUGGUGUUCAGUUGGCAGAAGAUGAACUCUACGCCCGUCCUCCAGACCCACGAUCUCCAAAAGGUUGGUUAGUGGAUCUCAUCAAUAAAUUUGGCACAUUAAACGGGUUCCAGAUUUUGCACGAUCGCUUCAUUAGUGGCUCGGCAUUGAAUGUCCAAAUUAUUGCAGCUCUUAUUAAACCAUUUGGACAAUGCUAUGAGUUUCUGACACUUCAUACAGUGAAGAAAUACUUCCUUCCAAUUAUAGAAAUGGUUCCACAGUUUUUAGAAAACUUAACUGAUGAUGAACUGAAAAAAGAAGCAAAAAAUGAAGCAAAAAAUGAUGCUUUGUCUAUGAUAAUAAAAUCUUUGAAGAAUUUAGCUUCAAGGGUACCAGGACAAGAAGAAACUGUAAAAAAUUUAGAAAUAUUUAGGUUAAAAAUGAUACUUAGGUUGUUACAAAUUUCUUCUUUCAAUGGCAAGAUGAAUGCCCUAAAUGAGGUUAAUAAGGUGAUCUCUAGUGUGUCAUAUUAUACCCAUCGUCAUGGUAAUCCUGAGGAAGAAGAGUGGCUCACUGCAGAACGAAUGGCAGAAUGGAUACAGCAGAACAAUAUUUUAUCCAUAGUUUUACGGGAUAGUCUUCAUCAACCACAGUAUGUAGAAAAAUUGGAGAAAAUUCUUCGUUUUGUUAUAAAAGAAAAAGCUCUCACUUUGCAAGAUCUUGAUAAUAUUUGGGCAGCACAGGCAGGAAAACAUGAAGCCAUUGUAAAGAAUGUACAUGAUCUCCUGGCAAAAUUGGCUUGGGAUUUUUCUCCUGAACAACUUGAUCAUCUCUUUGACUGCUUUAAGGCAAGUUGGACAAAUGCAAGCAAAAAACAGCGUGAAAAAUUACUUGAGCUAAUACGUCGUCUUGCAGAAGAUGAUAAAGAUGGUGUGAUGGCCCAUAAAGUGUUGAACCUGUUGUGGAAUUUGGCCCAUAGUGAUGAUGUGCCGGUUGAUAUCAUGGACCAGGCUCUUAGUGCUCACAUUAAAAUCUUAGAUUAUAGUUGUUCACAGGAUCGAGACACCCAAAAGAUCCAAUGGAUAGAUCGUUUUAUAGAAGAACUUCGCACAAAUGAUAAGUGGGUAAUUCCUGCACUGAAACAAAUUAGGGAAAUUUGUAGUUUGUUUGGUGAAGCACCACAAAAUUUGAGUCAAACACAGCGAAGCCCACAUGUGUUUUAUCGUCAUGAUUUAAUCAAUCAACUUCAGCACAAUCAUGCCCUAGUUACUCUGGUAGCAGAAAAUCUCUCUGCUUAUAUGGAAAGCAUGAGACAGUAUGCAAAAGAGCAUGGAGAAUAUGAUCCACAAACUGUAAGACCAGGAAGUAGAUAUAGUCAUGUGCAAGAAGUCCAAGAGCGACUUAAUUUCCUAAGAUUUUUGUUGAAGGAUGGUCAACUAUGGCUAUGUGCUCCUCAGGCAAAGCAAAUUUGGAAAUGUUUAGCUGAAAAUGCAGUUUAUCUUUGUGAUCGUGAAGCCUGUUUUAAGUGGUAUUCCAAGUUGAUGGGAGAUGAACCAGACCUUGAUCCUGACAUUAAUAAGGAUUUUUUUGAAAAUAAUGUGCUUCAGCUCGAUCCUUCCCUAUUAACAGAAAAUGGAAUGAAAUGUUUUGAGCGUUUCUUCAAAGCUGUGAACUGUCGAGAAGGGAAACUAGUAGCAAAACGGCGAGCCUAUAUGAUGGAUGAUUUAGAAUUGAUCGGUUUAGAUUAUCUUUGGAGGGUUGUGAUUCAGGGAAGCGAUGACAUUGCCAGCAGAGCAAUUGACCUUCUUAAGGAGAUCUAUACUAAUCUUGGACCAAGGUUACAAGUUAAUCAGGUAGUGAUCCAUGAAGACUUCAUUCAAUCCUGCUUUGAUCGCUUGAAAGCCUCCUAUGAUACAUUAUGUGUCCUGGAUGGUGACAAAGACAGUAUUAAUUGUGCACGACAGGAAGCAAUACGAAUGGUGCGAGUUUUGACUGUUUUAAGGGAAUAUAUAAAUGAAUGUGACAGUGAUUAUCAUGAAGAAAGGACAAUUCUACCUAUGUCAAGAGCUUUUCGUGGUAAACACAUCACUUUGGUAGUUCGUUUUCCAAAUCAAGGUCGGCAGGUAGAAGACUUGGACAUCUGGUCUCAUACAAAUGACACAAUUGGUUCAGUGAGACGAUGCAUUCUCAAUCGUAUUAAAGCUAAUAGUGCCCAUACAAAAAUAGAGCUAUUUAUUGGUGGUGAACUGGUGGAUCCUGCAGAUGAUAGGAAACUAAUUGGACAAUUAAAUCUAAAAGAUAAAACGCUAAUUACAGCCAAACUUACACAAAUAAGUUCCAAUAUGCCUUCAAGUCCUGAUAGUUCUUCUGAUUCAUCAACUGGUUCUCCUGGUAACCAUGGAAAUCAUUAUAGUGAUGGUCCCAAUCCAGAGGUAGAAAGCUGUUUGCCUGGAGUGAUAAUGUCAAUGCAUCCCAGAUAUAUUUCUUUCCUUUGGCAAGUUGCAGACUUGGGUAGCAGCCUAAAUAUGCCACCCCUCAGAGAUGGAGCUCGAGUACUUAUGAAACUUAUGCCACCAGAUAAUACCACAAUUGAAAAACUGAGAGCUAUUUGCUUAGACCAUGCAAAACUUGGAGAAAGCAGCCUCAGUCCAUCUCUUGACUCACUUUUCUUUGGUCCCUCUGCCUCACAAGUGCUAUAUCUAACAGAGGUAGUUUAUGCCUUGUUGAUGCCUGCCAAUGCACCUCUGGGUGAAGAUGCCAGUGAUUUUCAGUAUAAUUUCUUAAAAAGUGGUGGCUUACCUCUUGUCCUGAGCAUGCUAACUAGAAAUAAUUUCCUGCCAAAUGCAGAUAUGGAAACUCGACGGGGCGCCUACCUUAAUGCUCUUAAAAUCGCCAAAUUAUUGUUAACUGCCGUUGGCUAUGGCCACGUUCGAGCUGUGGCAGAAGCUUGUCAACCAGUUGCAGAAGGCACAAAUCCCAUGUCACCGAUAAAUCAAGCUACUCAUGAUCAAGCAGUGGUGCUACAGAAUGCCCUUCAAAACAUUCCUAAUCCAACAUCUGAAUGUAUGCUUAGAAAUGUGGCAAUUCGUCUUGCCCAGCAGAUAUCCGAUGAGGCAUCAAAAUACAUCCCUGAUAUCUGUGUAAUUCGAGCUGUACAAAAAAUUGUCUGGGCCUCAGGGUCUGGGUCAGUACAACUGGUGUUUAGCUCAAAUGACGAUAUUAGUAAAAUUUAUGAGAAGACUAAUGCAGGAAAUGAACCAGAUAUGGAAGAUGAACACGUUUGUUGUGAAGCAUUGGAAGUGAUGACACUGUGCUUUGCUUUGAUUCCAACAGCCUUAGAUGCACUUAGUAAAGAAAAAGCAUGGCAGACAUUUAUCAUUGACUUGCUCUUGCACUGUCAUAGCAAAACUGUUCGUCAGAUGGCACAGGAACAGUUUUUUUUAAUGUCUACCAGAUGUUGCAUGGGACACAGACCUCUACUUUUCUUCAUUACUUUAUUAUUUACUGUUUUAGGGAGCACAGCAAGAGAGAAAGCUAAACAUUCAGGAGAUUAUUUUACUCUAUUAAGGCAUCUUCUAAAUUAUGCUUACAAUAGUAACAUUAAUGUGCCCAAUGCUGAAGUUCUUCUAAAUAAUGAAAUUGAUUGGCUUAAAAGGAUCAGGGAUGAAGUUAAAAGAACAGGUGAAACAGGUGUGGAAGAGACAAUCUUGGAAGGUCACCUUGGAGUAACAAAAGAGUUACUGGCCUUUCAAACUCCUGAAAAGAAAUACCAUAUUGGUUGUGAAAAGGGGGGUGCUAAUCUUAUUAAAGAGUUGAUUGAUGACUUCAUCUUUCCUGCAUCUAAUGUUUACUUACAAUACAUGAGAAAUGGAGAACUGCCAGCUGAGCAGGCCAUACCAGUCUGUAGUUCACCAGCUACCAUCAAUGCUGGUUUUGAGCUGCUUGUAGCAUUAGCUGUUGGUUGUGUGAGAAAUCUCAAACAGAUAGUGGACACAUUGACAGAGAUGUAUUACAUAGGUACAGCAAUAACUACUUGUGAGGCACUUACGGAAUGGGAAUAUCUGCCACCGGUUGGACCUCGACCACCAAAAGGAUUUGUGGGGCUGAAAAAUGCUGGUGCUACUUGUUAUAUGAAUUCAGUGAUCCAGCAACUGUACAUGAUUCCUGCCAUCAGGAAUGGUAUUCUUGCAAUAGAAGGCACUGGCAGUGAUGUAGAUGAUGAUAUGUCUGGAGAUGAGAAGCAAGACAAUGAGAGUAAUGUUGAUCCUCGAGAUGAUGUAUUUGGGUAUCCUCAUCAAUAUGAAGACAAACCAGCAUUGAAUAAAACUGAAGACAGAAAGGAAUACAAUAUUGGAGUUUUAAGACAUCUUCAGGUCAUUUUUGGUCAUUUAGCAGCUUCUAGAUUACAAUACUACGUACCAAGAGGAUUUUGGAAGCAAUUUAGGCUUUGGGGUGAACCUGUUAACCUACGUGAACAACAUGAUGCUUUAGAAUUUUUCAAUUCUUUGGUGGAUAGUUUAGACGAAGCUUUAAAAGCAUUGGGACAUCCUGCUAUGCUAAGUAAAGUCUUAGGAGGUUCUUUUGCUGAUCAGAAGAUUUGCCAAGGUUGUCCACAUAGGUACGAAUGUGAAGAAUCAUUUACGACUCUGAAUGUAGAUAUUAGAAAUCACCAAAACCUUCUUGAUUCUUUGGAACAAUAUGUCAAGGGAGACUUACUGGAAGGCGCAAAUGCAUAUCAUUGUGAAAAAUGCAACAAAAAGGUUGAUACAGUAAAACGCCUCCUAAUUAAGAAAUUGCCCCCGGUUCUUGCCAUUCAGCUAAAACGAUUCGACUAUGACUGGGAAAGGGAAUGUGCAAUCAAGUUCAAUGAUUACUUUGAAUUUCCACGGGAAUUGGACAUGGAACCUUAUACAGUGGCAGGUGUUGCAAAGCUGGAAGGGGAUGAUGUAAACCCUGAAAAUCAGUUGAUACAACAAAAUGAACAGUCAGAAAAUGAGCCAACUGGAAGCACAAAGUAUAGACUGGUGGGUGUACUUGUACACAGUGGUCAAGCAAGUGGAGGACAUUAUUAUUCCUAUAUCAUCCAGAGGAAUGGUGGAGAUGGUGAGAAAAAUCGCUGGUAUAAAUUUGAUGAUGGAGAUGUAACAGAAUGUAAAAUGGAUGAUGAUGAAGAAAUGAAAAACCAGUGUUUUGGUGGAGAGUACAUGGGUGAAGUAUUUGAUCAUAUGAUGAAGCGCAUGUCAUAUAGGCGCCAGAAGAGGUGGUGGAAUGCUUACAUUCUUUUUUAUGAACGAAUGGACACAAUAGACAAAGACAAUGAAUUAAUCAAAUAUAUUUCAGAGUUGGUUGUCACCACAAAACCCCACCAGAUUAAAAUGCCAUCAGCCAUUGAAAGAAGUGUACGGAAACAGAAUGUGCAAUUCAUGCAUAAUCGUAUGCAAUACAGUUUGGAAUAUUUCCAGUUCGUAAAAAAGCUGCUGACUUGUAACAGUGUAUACUUAAACCCCCCUCCAGGGCAAGAUCAUCUGUUGCCUGAAGCAGAAGAAAUUACAAUGAUUAGUAUUCAGCUUGCUGCUAGAUUCCUUUUCACCACAGGAUUUCACACAAAAAAAAUAGUCCGUGGCCCUGCCAGUGAUUGGUAUGAUGCAUUGUGUAUUCUACUCCGUCACAGCAAGAAUGUACGCUUUUGGUUUGCACAUAAUGUCCUCUUUAAUGUUUCAAAUCGCUUUUCUGAGUACCUUCUGGAAUGCCCCAGUGCAGAAGUGAGGGGCGCAUUUGCAAAACUUAUAGUAUUUAUUGCACAUUUUUCAUUGCAAGAUGGGCCAUGUCCUUCACCUUUUGCUUCUCCUGGACCUUCUAGUCAGGCAUAUGAUAAUUUAAGCUUGAGUGAUCAUUUGCUGAGAGCAGUACUAAAUCUCCUCAGAAGGGAAGUUUCAGAGCAUGGGCGUCAUUUGCAGCAGUAUUUCAAUCUGUUUGUGAUGUAUGCCAACCUAGGUAUGGCAGAAAAAACACAGCUUUUGAAACUGAGUGUGCCUGCCACAUUUAUGCUUGUAGCUCUGGAUGAAGGGCCAGGUCCACCCAUCAAAUAUCAGUAUGCCGAGCUAGGCAAAUUAUAUACUGUAGUGUCACAAUUGAUCCGUUGUUGCAAUGUAUCAUCCCGGAUGCAGUCUUCAAUCAAUGGUAAUCCCCCUCUUUCGAACCCUUAUGGUGAUCCUAAUUUAUCUCAACCUAUAAUGGCACUUCAGCAGAAUGUGGCAGAUAUUUUGUUUGUGAGAACAAGUUAUGUGAAGAAAAUUAUUGAAGACUGCAGUAACUCAGAGGAAACCAUCAAAUUGCUUCGUUUUUGCUGUUGGGAGAAUCCUCAGUUCUCUUCUACAGUCCUCAGUGAACUACUUUGGCAGGUUGCCUAUUCAUAUACCUAUGAACUCCGACCUUAUUUGGAUCUCCUUUUACAAAUCUUAUUAAUUGAGGACUCCUGGCAGACACACAGAAUUCAUAAUGCACUUAAAGGAAUCCCAGAUGAUCGAGAUGGACUAUUUGAUACAAUUCAACGCUCUAAAAAUCAUUAUCAGAAAAGAGCUUAUCAGUGUAUAAAAUGUAUGGUAGCUCUCUUUAGUAACUGUCCUGUAGCCUACCAAAUCCUGCAGAGUAAUGGAGAUCUAAAAAGAAAGUGGACCUGGGCAGUGGAGUGGCUUGGGGAUGAGCUUGAACGACGACCAUAUACUGGCAAUCCUCAAUAUACAUACAACAACUGGUCUCCUCCAGUACAAAGCAACGAAACAUCAAAUGGUUACUUUUUGGAGAGAUCACAUAGUGCCCGGAUGACCCUUGCAAAAGCUUGUGAACUCUGUCCAGAGGAGGAACCAGAUGACCAAGAUGCCCCAGAUGAACAUGAAUCAUCUCCACCAGAAGAUGCCCCAUUAUAUCCCCACUCACCUGGAUCUCAGUAUCAGCAGAAUAACCAUGUGCAUGGACAGCCAUAUACAGGCCCAGCAGCACAUCACAUGAACAACCCUCAGAGAACUGGCCAACGAGCACAAGAAAAUUAUGAAGGCAAUGAAGAAGUUUCCCCACCUCAGACAAAAGAUUAGUGAAAUGCACAUAAUUCACUGGUUCCAUCAAGACUGUGCACCCAGGCCUUACAGUCCAACCUUUUUCUGUGUCUGGCUAAUAUUUAAAACUAGAAAAAACUAUUCCUAAUCAACUUGGAGUGGAGAGUCUAUUCACUGUCUUAUCUGCAGAAAAUUGCUGUCAAUAUAUAACCCGCCUGCAGUGGAAAGUGUAUAGUGUUUUGUAAUAAAUGGCCUGAUGCUAAUGUGUAAAUGGCAAAGGUGUAUAUAGUAUAUUAAUGUUUGACUGUUAAUUCUUAAGCAAGAAACAUUUUUUUUGUCUUGAAACUCACAGAUCUACGAAAACAGAAAAAAAUUUUAAUUUCUUGAUCUAUCCGCUGCACUCUCCAACCGAUGUUGCCUGCCUCAAGGCAGUUGGAUCAACUCCUUUACAGAAAAAAACAAAAAACAAAAAAAGAGCCCAUACAUGUCAGCCACACCAAUAAUUUCAUGUAAUUCUUUGCCACUGGAGUCGAUUUUAUUAUGAGCAACGUAAUGGCUGGUAACCUUUUAAUAUUUGGUUGAUGUGGAAAAUUGGUGAUGUAACAUUGUUUCUAGAUCUCUUUUUCAUUGCCUUUUUCAUUCUGGUAUUAGGUUAAUCACUUUGAAGCUAUAGUUAUGCUGUAACAUUUAGCAUGGCUUCACACCAAGUUAGUGUAGCCAAUGAGGAAAAAAAAAUACCAUAAUGACAGCAGUUGUCCCAAAGAGACAGCUGUAUUGCUCAGAGCUUUUUCUUCUUACACCUAGAAUAUAAAAAUAUUAAAAUGGGGGGGAGAAAUGUGACAGAUAAACAGGUGGUUUUCAGUUGCACAUAAGUUCCUCACAUCUAAUGUUUAACAGUUUAUCUCUGGGUGGGAUAAAGAACACUUAGGUUUCAGUAAUAGGAAUUUAAGAGAUUUAAAACAAAUAUGCAAAAAUUUGCUAUGCCAGGAUGCCUGGAGCAUAUAAUAGACUGUAUUUGGUGUGCUUGUUUUGUUUCUUUGGUAGAGCUUAUUAGAGAAAUCUUCUAACACUUUCCUUUUGCUGGAUCCCAGUGAAGUGGAAGUCAGAAUCACAAUACUUGGGAGUACCACUGCACCAAGUUAACUUGCUGGUUUUCUGCUCAUUCACAAUUCUACUUGAAAACAAGAAUUGUCUUAGCUCUUUUUCCAUUAUAAAAGAAAUCUUAAACGUUAGAAGCAGGGUUUGAUUAUAAAAGAAACUACUGGUUAGUCAAAUACAAUUCUGAGGUAUCGCGAUUCCAGAAUAAACUAUUUGUUUAAAGAUUCCAAGAAACUCAUCAGUAAAUACUGUAUUUAACAGAGAAUUGGUAACUUGAAUGUGUGUAAUUUUUUUUUUUUGGAACUUGUCUAAGAACCAAAUACCCCUGCAAAACAGAUACAGCCCACCCUAUACUAUUUAAAUAUUUUGCUGUUUUAUUUUAUAGAAAUUAUUUUGCUGAAUUCACAAAUAGAAUUUGAUUUAAGAAGAA